AUGGGCGGCUGGGUACAGGUCGUGAACGAAUCGAGCCUGAUCCUAAUCAAUGGCUGUCUUUGCUGCAACGCCUCGCUCUACGCGGAUUUUCCUGAGUCUCGCGGCCGCGUCCGAAGUCAGUUCCGCGGCGACGACGUCGGCCAUGACGCAUCGCGGCAAAUGCACUGGCGCGCGCCGCGACGCUGAGGCCCCGACGCCGUCGACGCGUCGCGGCGUCGCCGCCGUCGCGACAAAGAAACGCCGCAGGUGCUGCGGGGCGUCCUGCAAGGGCGAGCUCUGCUGCUGCGUCAAGCGUUGCUGUUUCAAGGCCGGCGUGCCGCCGCUCACGUGUUGCGAGUCGUUCGUCGACAAGGAGGUCUGCUGCCAGUGCGGUCUGUGUUGUUGCGCGCUCGGCUGUAAGUGUCCGUCGACGUGCAUCAAGCACCAGGGCCAGUGCUGUUGCGUCGUGAAUAACAUCGCGUGUCCGCGGCGACGAGGAGGUCCCGCUGACGUGCGCCCUCUGCUUUUUCGCGUGCCACCCCGUCGGGGCCCGGCGUCCAUCGCUCCGCGACUCGCCGCUCACGCGACGUCCCCCCGCGCACUGCGGUAUCUGCGCGCGCACGAACGCGCACUGGCCGUACCACCGCGCGCCCCCGGCGCGCCGCCCGCGAUCGAGGUGAUGGACGGGAAAGAGGAGGUCUUCGUCGUCGAGGCGCAGCCCGGCAGCGUGUCGGCGGUCGCGUCCCUCGAGUCGCUCGACGUCGUCGACAAGUUGCCGGACAGCGUCGCCACGCCGUUCGCGAUGGACGUUAUGGAACGCUAGACGUCGAAAACAAAUCCGUCGUCCCCGCCGGCCUUCGCGGCCGUCGACCAGACCCACCAACCCUCCCGACCCCUCCCUCCCACCUCUCCCUCAUG